AUGAACGGUGAUUGGAGCAAUCAGAUGGGGAAGAACAAAACGGGGAAAGUAUACAAAACCUGGAAGGGCAAGAAAAGACCCAGAGAUCGCCCCCUCUCAAGUGUAAACCCUAAUGUAACGACUAUUCAACUUUUCCUAAAAGAAACGGUAACAGAAAAUGAAGAAGUAAAAUACAAAUUAAACCUGCAAGAAUUUUAUGAUUUCUUUUCCAGAAUUGAAGAGGCCACUGUUGUGGGAAUAAUUCCCACGACGCGUUCCAAAGAGGAAGAAAAAGAUGCCGAUCUGGUCACCACCCAUUUGGUUAAUCUCGUCUGUCAUGAGAACAAUGAAGAGAUUGACCUAAACCAUUUCACCAAGAAUUAUUUAAAAAAUAAAAUGCUCCUCCAGAAAGCAGGAGGGAAGACGAGAAAAAGAUGCAAAUACUGUUAUGGCAUGUUAGCAAUUGAGAAACUAAAUUUUGUGAUCAACAGGGACGGAAAAACAUAUGACGAAAAUAAUGACUUAGUAAAUGUGCACUGUUUAGAACACGUCUUCCCAUCGCAUGUCAAGUGGGAACCUUCCCACUUUAUUUAUGUUCAUAUGUUAUUUGCGUACAGUUUUAUUUUCUCUAAAAAGGAAAGAAUUUUAUUCGUCGCAGUCGAUUCGUGCAACGUGAUCGGAAGGAAAAACUCAAACACGUCAUCCCAUUUCGGAUUGGGCAAGUACAACUAUGGGUCUUCUGCCAAGAAAGGGGAGACGCAAAGUUUGAUAGACUAUUUUCAUCAGUUUGUUUAUGCCUCCAAUAGGUUUUACGAGAGGACGAUGGGGAUGGAAGUGGCCUUAGACGGGCAGAACAGAGGCAGAGAAGAAAUUCCUACGAGGGGAACACCAGGGUGGGGUGCAAACAAAGAGGUAAAAGAAAAAAGCGAAGAAAGUGAAGGGAAGUUCCAAACUGGAUGCCACGCCUUAUGGGCAUUAUAUAACGAGUUGCACACCUUGCGCGGUAGAAAGUGCGACAAAAACACACAAUGGAUGGAGACAUGA